ACAGAAUGUGGAGAUGUCAAAGACUUCUACUUGGUGCAGGUUGAUGUAUUUUCCUCAUCAUUGAGCUCACAUUUACAUAAAUACAUAUAUAAUUGAUAUUCAGUGUGCAUGUGUAGUUUGAUGACAAGUUGGAGGGUGACUGCUAGCCAGGGUGAGAUCGCUCCAAAUUACACGAAGCACAAGCAUUUCCCAGGUUGAAUAGACCAGCUAUAAAAGGUUCAUUCAUUUAUUUCCUUUAAAGGACAGAGAUAUGAAGCACCUCCCUUGGAGGCUGAGAAAGGAAAGGAGGUCCUCACCUCAGGCAAAGCUUCUCCCCCACACUCUCAUUAGCAUGAUGAUGAUGCGGGAGGGAGUACUUCUCUUUGUCCUAGUCUUCAAGGUUAGGUACCUGUAAAAAAAUAUAUAUAUAUAAAAAAAAGAAUCUCAUAUCGUUCAUAUGAAAGACUGUUGAUUUCCAAAGGGGACAUUAGAACCUGGACUGUAGCUGUGGAGAGCCACCGACAGGAUCCUGUAGCCUACUGUGUGUCGGAACAGAGAAGACGAUUAGUUCUGACGGUGGGGGGGGGGGGGGGGGUUACGCAUUAAGGGAACGAUAGCUGCAUUUCAGUGGAGUCAAUUACUGUAACAUGGGGUAAUUACUCUGGUGUAUUGGUAAGUUGGCAGCAGCUUACCAAAACAGCAGACUUGACUGAGCUGUCGUCCGUGUCAUGGGUGUGCCAACAGACUGCACGUUGGUUGGAAUUCAAAUGGAAAGAAGGAGAAUACUGUGGAAGAUGUCCCUGGACUUCCUGUAUGACUUGUCCGUGUGCACUGUAAAUUGCGGCGUCCGAGUAUGCGUGCAGAGCUACAGGGUGUAGAGAAUGGGAUCAGUUCAUUGUCAGUGUCGUAUUGGUUCUCUCUCAUGUCAACACUGUGGCGAGGCUGUCCUUGUAGCCUAAGACUACUGUGUGUAUAGUAAAACAGGUUGGGUACAUAGUUGGGUAUAGGUUCACACAAUGUAUGAUUUGUCCUCAGUGAUUGGCUUUCGCCGUUCAGGCAUAGUUGUCGGUAGCAAGGUAAAUCUAAAGCGGCGGAGCUCUUUUCACUCAGAGAGAAACGCACGCCAUGGACCUGUCUUCACUCAAGAACCAAGUGACAGCGUUUUCCCCCUGAGGUCUGAGGACAACAAGGUGUUCAUCAAUUGUAAAGCAAAGGGGAACCCAGUCCCGCAUUAUAAAUGGAAGGUUGAUGGGAGAUAUAUUGACAUGGAUUUGAACUACAACCUGGUUGAAGGAAACCUGUUGAUCAAUCACCCCCAUGCAACACAUCACGGGGGCGUUUACCAGUGUAUUGCUACCAAUGUCUUUGGGACCAUCGUCAGCAGGGAGGCCAAGGUUCAGUUUGCAUAUCUGCAGAACUUCAGCAGAAAGUCCAGGAACACAGUGUCAGUGAGAGAAGGCCAGGCUGUGGUGCUGCUCUGUGGCCCUCCACCCCAUAAUGGAGAGAUCAAAUACUCGUGGGUUUUCAACGGACGCCCAAGUUUCCUGCUGCAGGAUACCCGCCGCUUCGUCUCCCAGAGGACCGGCAACCUGUACAUCGCCAAGGUGGAGGCCUCCGAUGUGGGGAACUACACGUGUGUGGUGAGGAACAUGAUGACCAACGCCACCGCGUACAGCUCGCCCACCCCCGUGGAGCUGCGCCGGGACGCUGUAAUGGGAGAGUAUGAGCCAAAGAUUGAAGUUCAGUUCCCCGAAAGUCUUCAUGUCACCAAAGGAACAUCAGUGAAACUGGAAUGUUUCGCCUUAGGAAACCCAGUGCCUUCCAUCACAUGGAGGAGAACAGAUGGGAAUCCCCUCCCUGGCAAGAUCAAAAUCAAUCAUUCCAACGGGGUCCUGGAAAUACCAUAUUUCAGACCGGAGGAUGCUGGUGUAUAUGAGUGUGUUGCAGAGAACUCCAGAGGAAAGAACGUUGCCAAAGGACAACUCGUAUUCCAGAGUGUUGAACAUCUGCAGUGGGUCCAGACGUUGAAAGAUGUUCAUAUGGCCAUCGAGGCUAAUCUCCAGUGGGAGUGCAAGGCGAGCGGUAAGCCUAAACCUGUGUACAGAUGGCUGAAGAACGGGGAGCCCUUGGUGCCGGAGGACAGGAUACUGGUAGAAGGUGGACGAUUGGCCGUCCCCAGGAUCAACCUGUUGGACUCUGGUAUGUACCAGUGUCUGGCAGAGAACGAACAUGGCGCCAUCUAUGCCAGCGCUGAACUCAAAGUUGUAGCCUCUUCACCCGACUUCUCCAGCAGUCCUGUGAAGAAGUCCAUGCUGAUCCAGAGAGGAGGGGAGGUGAUCAUGGAGUGCCGUCCCCAUGCGUCCCCUAGGGCCUCCAUCUCCUGGCGGAGAGGGGGAGAGUUUCUGAAGGACAGCACGAGACGGACCAUCAUGGGGGAUGGAACUCUCCGUAUCAGCAACAUCAGCGAAUCAGACGGAGGGAGGUACACCUGUGUGGCCAGGAACCCCUUUGGGACAUCAAGCAGUACUGGUACUCUGGUGGUGAAAGAGCCAACCAAGAUAACAGUUCCACCGCUGAGUGUGGAUGCCACUGUGGGAGAGAGCAUCGUGUUGCCAUGUGAAGUGUCUGGAGACUCCUCCCUGGAUCCCACCUUUAAGUGGUUCUUCAACGGCAAGCUCAUCGAUUUCAACAGACAGGACCACUUUGAGAUGAUAGGAGUGGGAUCAGCUGGUGAUCUGAUGGUCCGGAAUAUUCAGCUAAAGCAUUCUGGGAAGUAUGUGUGCAUGGUACACACUGUGGUGGACAGUGUCUCAGCAGCAGCCCACCUGAUUGUUAGAGGGCCUCCCGGUGCCCCAGAGGGCCUUAUUGUGGGGGAAAUCACUGACUCCACUGCCCAGCUCUCCUGGGAGUCUGGGCCUGACAACCACAGCCCUGUCACCACAUACAGCAUCCAGGCCAGGACCCCCUUCUCCAUAGGCUGGCAGGCCGUCAGGACAGUUCCUGAUUCUGUGCCUGGACAGAUGUUUCAUGCAACGGUGAUAGAUUUGAACCCCUGGGUGGAUUACGAAUUCAGGGUGGUGGCUAGCAACAAUGUGGGUGUUGGAGAGCCCAGCAUGCAAUCCAAGCAGAUUCGAACAAAAGCGGCAGUUCCUGAAGUAGCACCAGGUAAUGUGAGUGGAGGAGGAGGAAGGCGGGGAGAACUGGUUAUCCAAUGGGAGCCAAUACCAGAGGAGCUACAGAGUGGAGAGGAAUUUGGAUACGUUGUGGCUUUUCGUCCUCUUGGUACAAGCACAUGGAAGCAGACUGUGCUGGCUUCACCUGAUGCAUCAAGAUACACCUUCAGGAACGACAGCGUCCCUCCCCUCUCCCAAUUUGAGGUGAAAGUUGGAGUCUACAACAACAAAGGAGAAGGCCCGUCUAGCCAUGUGGUUGUAGUGUAUUCCGCAGAGGAAGAGCCCUCUGAACCCCCGUCCAGAGUGUGGACCCGGACGCUGUCAGCCUCUGAAAUCGAGGUGUACUGGGAACCCAUUACCCAGACAGCCAGCAGUUGGAAGAUCAUUGGAUAUGAGGUCCUUUGUUGGGAGGAGGGGAUGCAGGAGAGUGAUGCUGAGAUGGUGAGGGUCACAGACACUGCAGCCCUUCUCUCUGGGCUCAAGGGCAGUACUGUGUAUCUGAUCUCAGUCAGGGCCCAGAACAGCGCUGGAGCAGGGCCUUCUAGCCCCGCAGUCAACGUCACCACCAAGAAACCACCACCAAGUCAACCUCCAGGGAAUAUUGAGUGGAACUUGACAAACUCCAAGAUCUUUUUGAGUUGGGAACAUGUCAAGGCAAUGGGAAAUGAGUCUGAGGUGACAGGAUACAAGGUGCUGUACCGUCAGAACUGGCUUGGGAAGACCAGCGUUGUGGAGACCAACAGGACCAGCAUGGCACUGCAGGUCCCUUCUGGUGAGGACUACCUCAUUGAGAUCAAAGCCCUGAGUGAUGGAGGGGAUGGCAGCAGCAGUGGCCCCAUCAGGAUACCAAAGAUGUCCAGUCUUAACUCAAACGGCCAUUUCAGCUCAGCUCCAUGCAAGAUUUGUGCAGUUAUGUUUUUUAUACUUUCAAAGUUGACUUUAUAAGACUUAAACAUGUAUUGCCUUUAAUGAACUCUAGCUUUCAGAGUCAAGUACUCAGCAAAGGAUGUGUUUUACGUGUACUUUUCACUUCUCAAGAAUGUGAAAUCAACAGCUAACUAUUUAGAGUAUUCAACGCAGCUGCAUUGCCUUACUGUAUGCAUUUUUUAAAUUAAUUUGUCAACCAAGCUUUUGAGUGUUUUAUGUCUAGAUUUUAUGCCGAAAGGAUAGGCUUUUACAUAUGAGAAGAUUGUCAAUCCUUAGAACAAUCUACAUGAGAUAUUUAUAUGGCGGAUAUAUGAAAGUAAUCAAAUGAAAGCGCAAACAUACCCCUUAAUGAUGUUUGUUAUGUCCCUCAGUAAUUACAAAUCAAAAUGUUUAGUUCCCCAUGGCUGUGUCGAGCUUCUGUUUAGAAUGACAUGAUGUCCUUUUCUAAUGGUAGAGAUACAGUACCUUGCCUAUGUGUGCCUCAUCCCUGUGUUUUGUUGUGACCUGUUUGUUUGUUAUUGUAAAUGUUCUGUAAGAAUGAGUCAACUGUGGGAACGACCAUGGUUCACUCCGAGGUUGUCCUUUAAUUCCUUAAUGAGCACAGUGACAGUAUGAGCUGUCUGGCGGCCAUCAACAUUCCGACAGAUUCCGUGAAAGAAAAUUCACAUAUGCUAUCGUCAACAUUUAACAGUAUCGAAGGGCGGCGCACAAUUGGCCCAGCGUCGCCCGGGUCAGGGGAGGGUUUGGCCGGGGUAGGCCGUCAUUGUAAAUAAGAAUUUGUUCUUAACUGACUUGACUAGUUAAAUAAAGGUUAAAUAAAAAUAUGACCACCACAGACAUCUUGGAUCAAUAUGCAGAACUAUACAGAAAAACAUGUCAAUGUGCAUUGAUACAGUACCUGGGAAAGAUUUUCUCAAACAUUUUCGAUUAAUUCAACUCUUUCUCCAUGGUUCUUAAUCAAGAUAGUUCAAGUUGUGGCUGAGUUGUGCUUGAUAGGUGUUGCAUAACUGUUUUAAUACUAUUGUAUUAACAAGCAAAAUGUAUCUCUGUGAGAUGUAAUUGAAAAUGAAUAAAAUGUUUCAAAUUGAAAUGU